AUGAUUCACAUCCGCCCCCGAGCGGUGCUUUUCUCAGCUCUGACCACAAUGGCCGAGCUCACAGACGUGAUGUUCGCAAAAAUGGAACCGGUGCUGCCGCGAGAGCUGCCUAUGGCACCGCGCCGACGCCUGAGCGACCUCCUCUCGCGGGUCUACACGGGCUUCGCAUGCCCCUACAGGAAGAAGGAGUCGAAGGUCCACUGUGAUUGUACGGACUCGACGGAUACCACGGCGUCCUUGCUGUCGGAGACGCCAGAGACGCCUCGCACGGAUGCCUCCUUCCUCUCUCCAAAGAGGUCGGAGAUGCCAGAGACGCCUCGCACUGACGCCUCCUUCCUGUCUCCAAAGAGGCGAGUCUCCUUCGACAUGAUACCCGAGAUCAUUGAGAUUGAGGUGCCUGAGCUCGGGUUGCCAUGCCGAACAUGCAGCAAAGGACAUCACAGCUACCGAACUCCAGCAAGAAGAUUGAUGCAGCGAAUGACGCGAAACUUCCAGAAGUUGUCCCAGGAAGACCGGGCGUGGGUGCAGAGGCUCAGGUUCCCCGAGGCACGACCCAAGGCCCAGUCAAAGGCAGCACGAAGCGAUGCUCGGGAGAUCCGGGAAGCAGAGCAGGUCUGGCGCGAGGUGCUGGGCAAAGCCUAG